UUUGGUCUUAAAAAGAAAAAUCUGAAAAGGGUAUCAUGGCGCCGAGCACGAUUCGGAAGGCGAUUGGGGCGGUGAAGGACCAGACGAGCAUAGGGAUUGCGAAGGUAGGGAGUAAUAUGGCACCGGAGCUGGAAGUUGCUAUUGUUAAGGCGACAAGCCAUGAUGAUGACCCUGCAAGCGAGAAGUAUAUCCGGGAGAUUCUUCACUUGACUUCUAAUUCACGUGGCUAUGUCACUGCUUGUGUUUCAUCUAUUUCUAAAAGGUUAGGUAAAACCAGGGAUUGGAUCGUUGCCAUCAAGUGUUUGAUGCUCAUUCACCGUCUUCUCAAUGAUGGUGAUCCUGUUUUUCACCAAGAAAUUAUGUAUGCCACCAGGAGAGGCACUAGACUUCUUAAUUUGUCUGAUUUUCGCGAUGAGGCUCAUUCUAAUUCAUGGGAUCAUUCGGCCUUUGUUAGAACUUAUGCUUUGUAUUUAGAUCAAAGAUUGGAGAUGAUGGUUUUUGAGAGGAAGCAAAAUGGGGGUGGUGGAGAGAUUGAGAGAUAUGGGUCUAGAGAAGAAAGAUGGAGAUCUCCACCUGCCUCUAACAACAGAGGCUAUGAUUAUGGUGAGUUCGGAGAUGAGCCUGCUUAUGGAAUGAGGAAGUCCAGAUCAUCUGGGGAUGUGAGGGAGUCAACAGUACAGGAUCAGAAAGAUGUGACCCCAUUGCGGCAGAUGGAACCCGAGAGGAUCUUUGGGAAGAUGAGUCAUUUGCAGAGGUUGUUGGAUCGGUUUUUGUCUUGUCGACCAACUGGAUUAGCGAAAAAUGAAAGAAUGGUGUUGGUUACUUUGUAUCCUAUGGUGAAAGAAAGUUUUCAGCUUUAUGCUGAUAUAUGUGAGGUUUUAGCUAUUUUGUUGGAUAAAUUCUUUGACAUGGAGUAUGAGGAUUGUGUUAAGGCCUUUGAUGCAUAUGCUAGCGCAUCAAAGCAGAUCGAUGAGCUGGUGGGAUUCUAUAACUGGUGCAAGGAUAUUGGUAUUGCUAGGUCGUCCGAGUAUCCAGAAGUUCAGAGGAUAACAAGCAAGCUAUUGGAUACACUAGAAGAGUUUGUGAGGGAUAGGGCUAAGGCAACAAAAAGUCCCGAGAGGAAAGUUGAGGCUCUGCCAGCUCCACCAGAAGAACCAGCACCAGAUAUGAAUGAGAUUAAAGCAUUGCCUCCACCAGAGGAUUAUACUCCACCACCACCACCUGAACCAGAGUCUCCUAAGCCAGCGGCGGUGGUCCAGGAGACUGGGGAUUUGAUGGAUUUAAGGGAGGAAGGUGUUACUGCCGAUGAUCAAGGAAACAAAUUUGCGUUGGCAUUGUUUGCAGGACCUGGAACAAACAAUGGAUCAUGGGAAGCAUUCUCCUCAAAUGGGGGACCUGAGGUGACCUCUGCUUGGCAGAAUCCAGCGGCUGAGAGUGGUAAGGCUGAUUGGGAGUUGGCUUUGGUUGAGACAGCUAGUCAUCUGUCUCAGCAGAAGGCAGCAAUGGGCGGUGGACUUGAUCCGCUGCUGUUGAAUGGCAUGUAUGAUCAAGGGAUGGUUAGGCAACAUGUUGCCACUGCCCAGUCAAGUGGUGGUAGUGCGAGCAGUGUGGCAUUACCUGGGCUAGGGAAGAGUUCAACACCGGUUUUAGCACUCCCUGCACCCGAUGGAACAGUCCAGACAGUUGGACUGGAUCCAUUUGCUGCAUCUUUGACUGUCCCACCUCCUUCGUAUGUACAAAUGGCGGAUUUGGAGAAGAAACAGCAAUUACUUGUACAGGAGCAAAUUGUAUGGCAGCAAUACGCUAGAAAUGGGAUGCAAGGACAGACGAGUUUGUCCAAGAUCAGCAGCGGCGGAUACUAUGGUACACAACCAGCUGGGAUGCCUUAUGGCAUGCCACCAGUAAAUGGCGUUGGAGUGCCACCUGCUGGAGGGUACUACUACACUCCUUACUGAUUUUACCAAGUUAUACAUCACUUUUUAUAUUUCAUUGUUAUGUUCUUUAUCUAGUGCUUUAAUUUUUUCCACUGUAUUCUAUUGAUUAUGGAUAUAUCUUCAAUUUGUGCAUUGUUAGUGAGGGUACGUAGUAGUCGAUGAGAAGAAGAGAAAAUUGGCUGAAGAGAAUAGAUGCUAUGUAUUCUUAUGUUGGGUGCUCUGUAAUCCUAGUAGAAUGACUCUUCUGUUUUGUAAUAUUUGUAUUUUCCUU